AUGCAAACAGCAAAAAGAAACGGAAAAGAGGAAGGUCGCGGCGAGAGUCCGCAACGCGGCCACGCUAUGCUUAAAUUCCUCGAGUUCGUCAAGCCGUUCUGCGGCUUCGUGCCGGAGGUUUCGAAGCCGGAAAGGAAGAUUCAGUUCCGUGAGAAGAUGCUUUGGACUGCCAUCACACUCUUCGUCUUUCUUGUCUGUUGUCAAAUUCCACUUUUCGGAAUUAUGUCGACCGACUCGGCUGAUCCAUUCUAUUGGCUUCGAGUGAUCAUGGCAUCCAAUCGCGGUACCCUUAUGGAGCUCGGAAUUUCCCCAAUCGUCACUUCUGGUUUGAUCAUGCAGCUUCUCGCUGGAGCUAAAAUCAUCGAGGUCGGAGAUACGCCAAAGGAUCGCGCUCUUUUCAACGGAGCCCAGAAACUUUUCGGUAUGGUCAUCACUGUCGGACAAGCCAUCGUUUACGUGAUGUCGGGAUUGUACGGAGACCCAUAUGAGAUCGGAGCGGGAAUCUGCCUUUUGAUCGUCGUCCAACUUGUCAUCGCUGGUCUUAUCGUCCUCCUUCUUGACGAGCUUCUCCAAAAGGGCUACGGACUUGGAUCUGGAAUCUCUCUCUUCAUCGCCACCAACAUUUGCGAGACCAUUGUUUGGAAGGCCUUCUCGCCAGCGACAAUGAACACCGGUCGCGGAACUGAAUUCGAAGGUGCCGUCAUCGCGUUGUUCCACCUCCUUGCUACACGCUCGGACAAAAUUCGCGCUCUCCGUGAAGCCUUCUACCGCCAAAACCUUCCCAACUUGAUGAACUUGAUGGCCACUCUUCUCGUCUUCGCCGUUGUCAUAUACUUCCAAGGAUUCCGCGUCGAUCUUCCAAUCAAGUCCGCCCGCUAUCGUGGCCAGUACAGCAGCUAUCCAAUCAAGCUCUUCUACACCUCUAACAUUCCGAUCAUCCUCCAGUCCGCUCUCGUCUCCAACUUGUACGUCAUCUCGCAAAUGCUCGCCACUCGCUUCGGUGGAAACUUCUUGAUCAACUUGCUCGGAACCUGGUCGGACGCCUCGGGAAGCUACAGAAGCUACCCAACCGGAGGACUCUGCUACUACCUUUCGCCGCCAGACACUCUCGCCCACAUUCUUGAAGACCCACUCCAUUGCAUCAUCUACAUUGUCUUUAUGCUCGGAUCGUGCGCGUUCUUCUCAAAGACCUGGAUCGACGUGUCUGGAUCGUCCGCCAAGGAUGUCGCCAAACAAUUGAAGGAGCAGCAGAUGGUGAUGCGUGGACAUCGUGAGAAGUCCAUGAUCCAUGAGUUGAACAGAUACAUCCCAACCGCCGCCGCCUUCGGAGGACUCUGCAUCGGAGCCUUGUCAGUAACUGCCGAUUUCAUGGGAGCCAUCGGAUCAGGAACCGGAAUCUUGUUGGCCGUGACGAUCAUUUAUCAAUACUUUGAGAUUUUCGUCAAAGAGCAACAAGAGAUGGGAGGUGUUGCCGCCAUGUUCUUCUAA